CUUCGCUAUGUCUAGGGAAGGUAGUCGGGAUGAGCCAUCACAGGAAAUGGUAAUGCUUUGUAAGCUUAUUGCUGAAUCUCAGGGAGAAAUGCUGCAAAAACUUGCUGAAUCUAAAGGAGAUAUGCUGCAAAAACUCACUGAGUCUCAAGGAGAUAUGCUUCAAAAACUUACUGAAUCUCAAGGAGACAUGCUGCAAAAACUUACAGAAUCUCAAGAACGCAGCCAGCAAAAACUAUUAGAGACGGUAACCACAAAUUUCAAUAAAGGACUAGAGAAAGUACUCGGUCGUCAUACCGGUGAAGAAGAAGAAAGUGAAGAUGAAACUGAUGUUGAAGAAAAACCAAAAAAUGACGCUGAUAAGAAUAAUGACAAUAUAGUGGAUGAGUAUGAGGGCCUUUACAACGCAGCAUAUGAAGGUGACUGGAGAAAAGCUCGUGACUUUCUGAAGCGUUAUCUAGAUGCGGUUCAAAAAACAAUUACGUUUGAUGAUGAAACAGCGUUGCAUAUAGCGAUAAAUAAUGAACGGUGGAGCUUUGCACAAGAACUUGUAAAACUCAUGACCCCUGAAGCCCUGGAAAUGAAGGAUAACGCUAAUUGCACGGCACUUCAUGGAGCUGCCUUAUAUGGAAAUAUCAAAACUGCCGAGGCAAUAGUAAGAAAGAAUCCAAAACUUACCCAGAUGCGCGAUGAUGAAGACCUAAUACCACUCGAAACUGCUAUUAUAUAUAUUUCAACUGGACAAAAAGAGACCGUUAAGUAUCUUUACUCUGUGACUAAGCAUGAACACCCAAGUCCAUUCUCUGAUACACAUGGUGCUGAGCUGUUGUGCAGUGCAAUCCAAUACGGUUUCUACCGUGUGUUGGAAAAACUAAUAUUCAUGUUGUCUAUCUUUUUCUUUUUUUUUUCUAAUUCAUUUUAUCUUACCUGCAAAAAAAAAAAUUUGUUUGUAGAUCUGGCAUUAUCUCUUGUCAAACGGUUCCCGAAAUUGGUUACUAAGAAAACCGAAGGAACCAGAGGAAUUUGUGGACUUCAGAAGCUUAUUGAUAGGCCGUUUGCAUUUAAAAGCGGGGCAAACUUUCCUUGGUGGGAACGCUUCGUCUAUUCAUUAAUUCAUGUAGACAUGUCUUCUCCAUACGAUAAGGACACUGAAGAAGUCGAUGAUAACUCUUUGAAAAAUUCCGAAGGCACCAAUGAGAUCCCAUUAGAGAGUACAGAUGGACAGGGAGGUGAUCUAGAGAAUCCAUCGGAAAUAACAAAAGUAAAGACCGAAGACGAAGUAGAAGCCGCUAAAAAGGUCUCAGAUGCUACUUCAACUAAUGAAAAUGGUGUGACGAGAGCGGUGAAGAACUUCAUUUCGAACAACAUCAUUCCUUACUAUGCACGAGCCCCUCUUGUCAGUCGCCUAUAUGACCAGAAGGUGAUGCACAAACGAGCCGUUAAUUUGGUUAAUUAUAUGGUAGAACAACUCAAAAAAGAAAAAUCCACUAACCAGAAUGAAGUGAUAGAUUUUCUAAAUGAUACUGCAAUUGUGAAUACGGCAAUAGAAUAUGGGAUCACUGAGUUUGUAGGGGAGUGUCUGGAAAAAUUCCGUUUCGUGAUUUGGUAUAAAUUUGGUGGUGAAACAAUGAUACAAAUUGCGAUUAAACAACGGGAUGAAAAGAUUUUGAAUCUCAUAUUGGAAACUAGUGGAAACGAUAGAGAUGAUCUAGUUUCUAGAGAAGAUGUUAACUAUAACAGCAUCUUACAUUAUGCUGCGAAUUUAGCGCCUUCUGCUAAAUUAAAUUUAGUAUCCGGCGCAGCUUUACAAAUGCAACGAGAGAUACAGUGGUUUAAGGGUAUUGAAAAUAUUGUACACCCACAGUAUAAGUACACAAGAAAUGGAGAUAAAGAAACAGCUAAGUCUGUAUUCACGGGGCAACAUAAGGAAUUAGUGGAGAAAGGAGAGAAGUGGAUGAAAGAUACAUCCGGUUCGUGCAUGGUAGUGGCCACCCUUAUUGCUACCGUAGCGUUUGCAGGGGCGUUCACUGUCCCAGGAGGUAAUAUUAGUGAUACUGAUAGCCUUAUCUAUGGUGUCCCAAUUUUCUUAGAAAAAAAAACAUUCGCACUAUUCUGCUGUAGCUUUAUUCUCGUCAAUUAUGUCGGUUCUCAUGUUCUUAGCAAUCAUGACAUCUCGUUAUGCUGAAGAGGAUUUUUAUAAAUCUUUGCCACAAAAACUCAUAAUAGGGCUUGCAACUCUAUUCAUUUCCAUGGCCAGCAUAUUGAUAUCCUUUGGUGCAGCAUUUACCAUUGUUCUUAGGCAAAAAUAUAGUUGGGCUACGUUUCCUGUGGCAUCAUUUGGUUUAGUUUCGGUACUCUUAUUUGCUUUCUUGGAGUUUCCUUUGUUUCUGGAAAUGGUGUAUUUUACGUAUUCUCCUAGAAUUUUCGGCAACAAGAACCAAUAUGUUCCUAAUAAGAAAAAAACCACAAAACUAGCGAAGGAGAUUGAAGCCAAGAAAGAAGUUUUAUCACUAGGCGGAUUUCAUCAGUGGAUGGAACAAUAUCUCUUGCGUUGGACAGUGUUUGUUUCUGGUGAUUAGUUGGCUCUCUCUAGUUCAAUUGUUUUUUUGUAGCCACAAUGUUAUGGGUAUUGUUGUCCUGUAAUUUUUUCGUACCCAUUUUCUUCUUCUUGUUUUCUGUAUGAAGUGGUUCGCUGUUUUCCUAUAAUAAAAGAA